CCAAUUCCCGUUUAAUAGAUUUUCUGUUCAAAGCCCCAUCACCAAAUCCUUGCUCUCUCUUAAUUGCCGACGUAGUCGAUUCCCGCCGGCGUUCCCAUACGUUUUCUCCGGCGAAUUCCUCCUCUUUAUCGUGUCCAAGAUGGCUUCACUUCAAGAAAGUUUGCAAAGGUUCAAGAAGCAACAAGAGAAGUGUCAAUCUACCCUUAGUAGUAUAGCUUCCAGAGCAGGACCUUCUAAGGCAGCUCCUCCAAGACCAAUGGUAGCAAAUGCAAAAUCUCCUGCACCUGCAGUCAAAUUUUCAAAUGACACGGAAAGGCUUCAGCAUAUAAAUAGUAUAAGGAAAGCUCCCGUGGGGGCUCAGAUAAAACGUGUCAUAGACUUGCUACUCGAGACAAGGCAAGCUUUCACACCAGAACAGAUUAAUGAAGCAUGUCAUGUUGAUAUAAAUGGCAAUAAAGCUGUGUUUGACAGUUUGAGGAACAAUCUCAAAGUAUAUUAUGAUGGCAAUCGGUUCUCUUAUAAGUCGAAACAUGCCUUGAAGAAUAAAGACCAACUACUUAUCUUGAUACGAAAAUUCCCUGAGGGUAUUGCUGUCAUCGACCUCAAGGAUGCAUACCCAACUGUCAUGGAGGACCUUCAGGCUCUCAAAGGUGCUGGUCAAAUUUGGCUUCUGUCAAAUUUUGACUCCCAGGAAGACAUUGCCUUCCCAAAUGAUCCACGAGUACCUAUUAAGGUCGAUGAUGAUUUGAAGCAGCUAUUCAGAGGUAUUGAAUUACCACGUGACAUGCUUGAUAUUGAAAAGGAUCUCCAGAAGAACGGGAUGAAGCCAGCUACAAACACUGCAAAGAGAAGGGCAAUGGCCCAAGUUCACGGGAUUGUCCAGAAGCCCAAAACCAAGAAGAAGAAGCACGAGAUCAGCAAAAGAACUAAGCUUACAAAUGCUCAUCUUCCAGAACUCUUCAAACUUUAGAUUUCCAUCAAGGAAAGAAUCACCAGGUGGUUUCUAUCUCAUAAAGGCGAUAGUCCUCAUUUGGCACAGGGUAUGCUGCCCCUUGCCAGAUUAUGAUGUCUAGUGACUGAGCCUCCAGAGAGGGUUAAUGUCAAAUGCUUGACAUGCGUCUAGCAUGAGAAGCUCUUAUAAGUGGCUAGUCUUGGUUUUUGGUUUCUAUAUUACAAGGUGGUAGUUUUAUUUUUAUUUAUCCGUUUAACCGGGGGUAGGAAUGAUUGCUGUUAUUUGUGUGUAUUACUGACUUGGGGUUUUUGAACCAUCAAAUUAUAAUGUAUCACCAAUUUCAUGAAGAUCAACUACUCCAUUUUGUAUCA